UCUCCGGUAGGUUUGUCGUCCUUCAAGUCCCCGGGGCGAGUUCUGACAUUACAUCCACGGCCGCGUCAUCCUGCUUUUUGAGUAGCCGCGCUUAGGCGUCCGUUGUAUGGAUGCCAUAGACUCUUAGGACCACAGAAUCCGCACGACUUUGGUGACUGCUUUGCAAACUCCGUGCACGGAUUGGACGCAAACGUGGGGGUUGUAGAGGCUUUAAUUUUUCCCAGCGUUGCCUCUCGGUUACUUUUAUAACCCGGUUAGUGCGAGAUUGCCAGCCCCACACCUCGACUAGACGCUAAGGGCGAAAAUUCAGAAAAAGCAGAAACUUCCCUGGUGGCUUCUUGAAGAGCAGGAAUAGCGAAAUGAUUAGGCCAGCAGCACCCUAGAGACUGAUACCUCGGGGCUUCUCACCGUCGUGGCCUGAUCAUGUUCUUGUGUGACUUAAUGCCGAAAUGAGUGGUCGCUGUUUAGAGCAAAGGAUUUGUAUCAAGUUUUGCGUGAAAUUGAACAAGUCUGCCAGUGAGACCCACCGUCUUUUGAAAGGGUUUAUAGGGCGGGAAGAUGGCCUAAAUGAUGCGUAAAGAGUUCGUCCAGUCACGCACAGGACGGAUGAAAAUACCCAGAAAGUCAAGGACUCGGUUUUUUCAAAGUUAACGGUGAGAAUGCUGCUGAAUGUUAGACUCAUUCUGAAAGAAAACCUGAACAUGAGAAAAACGUCUGCCAAAGUUCCAGCGAGUAUUCUAAAGGAUGAGCCUGAACUCGAGAAAUUUGAAUUCCCUCUGAUUCAUUCAAAGGAAAUUACGAAAAGCCAUUUUAUAGUGAAGGAAAGGAUAGUUAUUUGUGUUUUCUGGGUCUGCAUGGUCGAUAAACGUCCAAGGAGCAGUGAUUCUGUCCCUCAUCUUUCAUUGCUUUAUGGGACUGCGGGGAACCAAAGCAUAACAUCCUGCUUUCCCAUAAGUUCCCCGGCCGCUACCCUGGCACCGAUUAAAGACAUGUCUGCAUGAUUAAUCAAAACCGAUGUGGAAGCCCUCUGGCGCUGCUCGGAUGUGCUGCCGGCUUCACACACAGCGGUUCCUCGGCUGCCGCGGGUGGGCCAGCACAUAGAGGCUUUUGAUGAACUGGCUAUGCCGCCCCAAAGUUAGCAAUGUCAUCCGACAUGACUAAUGAGGCUCUGGAUCUGAUCUGUGCCGAGCGGCCCUGCCGUCUAGAGGAGGCUGGGUUCCACAGCCAGCCUGGGAAGAGGCUGCGCCCUGGGCUGUACAUACACUCCAUCAUUCCAGCUGGAGUCUGGGAGGCCUCUAGCGUUGGAGCUGGGAGUUGACUUGCAGAAGGGUGAGAGAAAUUUGUGCUAGGUUCUGUGCUAGGCCCCGCAGUGUAUGUGACCCAGUUAAACUAGCUCAACCUCCUCUUAGAGAAAUGAGAACUAAGAUCCAGGAAAAGUGAGGGGCUUGCAGCGGCCGUCGACACAGAUAAACAUGUAUGAUGUUAAUGACUGCAGUGCCGUGUUAAUACACCUUACAAAGGGCUCCUCUCUGGCCUGCCUUCCUUCCUCAGCAAAGUAUUGACAAGGGUAAGGUAGGCAGAGCCCCAUCACCCCUGUAGUUCCAGAGAAAGGCGUGUGGAGUCAACAGAGCUGGGUUUGGGCCAGCUUCAUCUUCAGCAGAUCACUUUGGUUUUCCUAGCUUCGGUUUCCUCAGCUGGAACAGCCAAAUACUGCUCACCGGGCUACUUCCUAGAGCCCUGUGAGACUUAGCAGAGUCAUGCAUUAGUUCCUAUCGCAUUAUUGCCCUCUCUCAGGAGCUCUGGCUGGACUCUGGAAUGUGGAUCUAUAGAGACCUUUAGCCCUUUCCUUCCUCCUUCUAGAACACACAGGGAUGCAAGGGACAUAAAACCAACUGGUCACCUAUAAGCAGUUGUGUGGGCAUUGAUCAUGUCUGUAUAUACACAUGCACUUCUUAGUUGAGCUGUGUAGGGCUCUAUGAUUUCAGUUCCGUUCUUAUUUGGAGUUUAGCUUUUCCUGGAGAAAAGGUAGUCAUAUCUUGUUUUCUUUUGCCUGGUUUCUUCAUGCCCGUCACUUAAUCUUUUCCUAGACCCUUUGCCAGAACAAUCUGCUGACUGACUCUGUCAGGUAAUUUAUUAUGUCCAGUUAUACUACAAGCGCUGUGCCAUGCUGGUUCUGGGGAUUCACCUAGGAGCAAGACCUACAUGGUCCCUGCUUUCCCUGAGUUUAUGAUGUAGCAAGGGGAGAAGUAUAAAGUAUAGCAUCCCUUGGUAGCUGUGAGAGAUUGGUUCUAGAACCCCCAUCCCGGUCUUCAGCAGACAUUCAAACCCACAGAUGCUAAGAUCAUUGACUUAAUAUGGAAUAAUAUUUACAUACAAUUCACACACAUCCUCCCACAUACUUCAGAUCCUAUCUAGAGUGCUUGCAAUGCCUACCUCAAUGGAAGGACUGUGUAAACAGUUGUACUGUAUUGCUUAGGGACUAAUGACAAGGAAACCGUGUCUGUACAUUUUCAGCGUGGAGGUAGCUUUGUUCCCUGUCUAUUUUCAGUCCUUGAUUGGCUGAACCUGUAGGGGUGGAAUUUAUAAACCUAUAACGUGAGCGAAAACAGAGACCGCGUCUGCCUUGCUCAUAGCUGAAUCCCCAGUGCCAGCCAGCCUUGCGUAGGACUGGAGAUGAUAGAUUGCCCAACAGCUUCGGUCAUCUGUUGCUCUGUCAAAGGGCCAACUGUAAUUGUAAUUAAGUGUUAUAAUGAGAGGCCCUGUGGGUCCUCUGGGGACGCGUAGCAGAAACACCUCACCCAGGGAGACAAGAAAGAGUACAUAGUUGAAGAGUCGGUGGAAACAGUUUAUUCGGGUGAUACAAUUACUGAGGACCACUCUGCCACUGUGACGACCGCACUUGAUACAAGGCAGCGAGUUGCCCGCCUCCCUGGAGCUUGCAUUCUGGCAAUGGGAGAAUA